AUGCAAGUACCACUGAAGCUUCAACUAUUCGCGAUCCGACCGCAGCCAGCAAACACUCCGGUUAAUGGAAAAUGUGAGAAGGUUAACAAAGAUGAUUUGAUCAAUGAAGAUGACCGAAAUCUGCACAAAAUCGUUUGUCGCCGAUGCAAAUCGGUUAUUUUCCCCGAAGACGUCGUCAUGACAGUCGACAAUCAACCAUAUCAAUUACGGGUGAUGACUCAUCAGGCAAAAGGACCAGCAGCAUUUGAAAAAAUCAGCUGGUGGUGGUAUACCGAAAGUGAUAUGGUUUUCGACACUGUCGGUUGGCAGACUGUUGACAAAAAGAAAGUCUUGAUGUGUGGCGAUUGCGAACUCGGGCCAAUAGGUUUUCGUUCGGAAGAUAAUAAGAAGUUUUGGGUGGCUGUUGAACGUGUCAAGUACGAGAAGUCCUAA